CUGCAGUCCAAGCCCAAUCCCAAUUCCCCUUCCCCUUUUCCUGCGGCCUAAAUCCCCUUUUCCCGUUCCCCGACCCUUUCCCAUUCCCGUUCCCCCUGGCCCCCUUUCCCAAAUCGUUCGGCAAUCGGCAGUUCCCAGAAUCCCAGUCUUCCCACUUCCCCGCUUCCCCCAAUCGGCCAAUCCCUCCCCCCUUUUGGCCUUUCCAGCUUUCCCGACCCGGCGACUCAGGCUGCGCGCCUGCGCCCACCGCUGACCCACGCCCACGCCAGGAACUUCCUCCAUCCACGCCAGCCGCCAGGAACUUCCUCCAUCCACGCCGCCAGUCCGCCACGCGGCCAGCCGGCCACGCCAGGAAUUCCACCGACCACCGCCCAGUCCGCCCGUGAGUCACGCAGUGCGGCCAGUGCCGAUUGCCGAAGCCCGAAGGCCGAAGGUAUGUUUUAAUUUUUUUUAAUUGUUGAUUUGUUGUGUUGUUGAUGAAUGAUUUAUGUUUUAUUGAAUCAUUGAUUCGUAUAUGUUGUGUGACUUAUCACUUAUGGUUUAAAUGUUGAAUACUUUAAUUGUUCAAUUUUGAAAAAUUAUACUCAUAUUAUUUCAAAUUUCAAUUGUAGUUGGUCUAGGUUGUGUUACAAACAAUGGCUAUGUUACGAUAUUUUUCGGCAAUUCCGCCGAAACCGAAAAAGCCUAUCAUUGGUGGUUCUUCAUCGAAUAAUUUAAUUUCUUCAUCGGAAAAUGUCAUUCCUAACAAUGAGAGUAAUGUUAAAAAAGCUCGAAUAGAGAUUGAAUUGUCGGAUGAUGACAUUGUUGGUGAUCCUGGAUUGCGUAAGCCGAUUGAGACUUUUGAUGUUAAUAUUAGAGAUGAGUUGAGGAGACGUUAUUUGACAAAAGGUCAUUGCCAACCGCGUGACUUUAAAUUUCCACAAAGUGAUUUUAAUGGGCGCAACAGAUCAUUCCAAAAACAGUGAUUUGAUGAAUUUAAUUGGUUGGAGUAUAGUGUUGCUAAAGAUGCAACAUUUUCCCAUUUGUGUUAUUUGUUUGGUAGACAUCAUAAAAAUGGAGAUGAUGCUUUUACUGAAGUUGGGUUUAAUAACUGGAAGAAAGCUAAGGAAAAAUUCCGUGACCACGAAGGAAGUCUAGAAAGCAUGCAUCAUUAUGCAAAAAUUAAAUGGUCCGGGUUUCAAAACCAAAAGCAAAAUGUGGAUUAUGUAUAUUCACAACAAACCAUAAAAGAUGAGCUUGAGUAUCGUGCAAGAUUAACAACUAUUGUUGAUGUAGUUCGAUUCCUUUUAGAGGGUGGUUUGGCUUUUCGAGGUCAUGAUGAAUCAGCUACUUCUACGCAUUCUGGUAAUUUUCUUGAACUCUUGAAAUGUGUAGACGGCAUCCACAUAUUGAUAUGGUAAUGAAGUCAAAUGCUCCCGGGAAUAGUCAACUAACCUCUCCUAAAAUUCAAAAGGACGUUAUUAAUGCUUGUGCAACUGAGGUAAGACUAGCUAUUAUUAAUGAGGUUGGUAGCAAUUUUUUCUCUUUGUUGAUUGAUGAGGCUCGAGAUAGUUCCAUAAAAGAGCAAAUGUAUGUGGUUUUAAGGUUUGUUAACAAUUGUGGGGAGGUAAUUGAGCGAUUUUUGGGAGUGGUGCAUGUUAGUAACACUUGUGCGCAGACAUUGAAAAAUGCCAUUGAUGAUUUUUUUACAAAAUAUGGUCUUUCGAUGUCUAAGGUUCGAGGCCAAGGUUAUGAUGGGGCUUCCAAUAUGAGUGGUGCAAUUAAUGGAUUAAAACAAAAAAAAAAAUGGAGGAAAAUAAGCAAGCACAUUAUGUUCAUUGUUUUGCUCAUCGCCUUCAAUUAGUGAUUGUGUCCUCUUUGAAGAGCAAUGGAAUAGUUGGUAGUUUUUUUGAUCAUCUCAUCAUGAUUGUAAAUGUGGUUGGUGCAUCAUGUAAGAGAAAAGAUGAUCUUUUACAAAAGCAUUAUGAGGAUCUUGUAGCCCGUAUAGAACGUGGUGAGGUUAGCACGGGGAAGGGGAAAAAUCAAGAAAAAAGUCUAGCACGACCGGGUGAUACUCGUUGGGGUUCCCAUUAUAAAACAAUCAUUAGAGUUGUUGAUAUGUGGGAUGCGGUCAUUGAGGUGCUUGAAGCUAUAUUUGAUGAUGGUGUUGAUCUCAAAAGUAAGUCCACUUCUUCUAGUUUGAUUGAAAAAAUGGCAUCCUAUGAUUUUGUGUUCAUUGCGCAUUUCAUGUUGCAACUAUUGGGAAAAACUAAUGUGCUAUCAAAGGAAUUGCAACAAAAAAAUCAAAACAUAGGCAAUGUUGUGGAUCUUGUCAAGACCGUCAAAACCGAUUUGGAGAAAUAUAGGAAUGAUUAUGGUUGGGAUUUGUUGAUUGAAGAAGUGGCUACAUUUUGUUCAAAACAUGAUAUUGAUGUACCUAAUAUGAUGGAUGUAAAGCCAGGACGAGUGAAAAGGCAGAAGACAAUUGAUGGUAGUCCGAAAACUUAUUAUCACUAUUUUCAUGUUGACAUUUUUCUCGAGGUUAUUGAUCGUCGUAUUCAAGAGAUGAAUAAUCGUUUUACCGAGUCAAGUUCAGAGCUACUAAUGUGCAUAGCAUCGUUAAGUCCCAAAAACCCAUUCUCCAAUUUUGAUGUGAAGCGACUACUUCGUCUUGCUAAUCUAUACCCAGAUGAUUUUAGUUCAAGAGAAAAAUUUGAACUAAAUGAACAACUUAGGAUGUUCAUUACAUUUGUCAAAUCAUCUCCACGAUUUUCAGGCCUACAAAGUAUUGAAGAUUUGGCAAAAACAUUGGUUGAAACAGAGUGGCACACAACUUAUAAGUUAGUGUACCGACUCAUCCAAUUGGCAUUGGUUUUACCCGUUACAACCGCCACAGUUGAAAGAUCUUUCUCGACGAUGAAGUUUAUCAAGAAUGAUUUGCGCAACAAGAUUGGAGAAGAAUACUUGACAGAUUGUUUGGUGUGUUACAUUGAGAAAGAUGUAUUUGUUAAAAUUGAGAAUGAAGUCAUAAUGAGGCGAUUUCAGAGUAUGGCACCUCGAAGACAAAGAUUGCCGCCUUUCAAUGAUUGUCCUUCAUUUGCCGCGUCAGGUUCUAAUCAAAAUUAAGGUACUCUUUAAGUAGUUGUUUUAUUUUAAUUUUAUAGUUUUGUUUAUUGCUAUAUUCGUGAUGCCUAUGAUUUUUUUUCUAGACUACUAUAUCAUUUCUUUGUUAAUUGUGCCCCUGCGAGUCACGUGUUCUGGUUCCGCCACUGUAUAUAUAUAUGUUGCUUAAAUUAUUUUUGGAGAAUGUAUUGUUAUCUUCAUAUCUCAUAUGAUGAAAUAUUGAAACAAUUUUAUAAUAAUUCUCUUUCAAAAUUGAAUCUCUAUAGAUAAUCCUCAGUAUUUUAUAAUUAAUCUUAUUAAUGGUUUUAAUAUAUCACUACUGUUAUUGAUUUUCUAUAUUUCAUUUGGCUUAAAAUGAUUUCUAAUACUC